CCAUUUUUUUGAGUACUUGAGCGUUACGUCACGAGCUCGUAUGAGAGAGGCUGACCAUCCACUCAUGCACCCACAUGCGCAGGGAGACGCUGGCGCUCCGACGGAACAAACCUGUUUUUUACCUUUCCGUUUGGGUUUUGGGGAUCUGCACGGACUGAGCCGAGCGCACUCACUCAGUAUCUGAAGCGCAUCUUGUUGUGCGUACAGCAGCAGCACGGUUCCGGUGGCACAGGGAGCUGUGAAGUAGAGAAGACCCCCAUCGACAGGCACAGACUGGGAGAAAGAGGCUACACACGCAUCAUGAUGUCUGAAUACCGAUAAUUUAACAUAAAUAUAUUUGACUGCGCUGCUGCUUCGUUUGUAGCCUCAUCAGGGCUGUAGCAGGUCUCCUUUUAUCGCCGGAGCUCGUCUGAACAGGCUUGAGGGUGCAACUGGAGGGACAAUCGCACCCCGGACCACUCACGGUUCGGAUGAGGUGGUUGAUCGGGCUGUUUGCUUUCACAAAUCCAGCCAACUGUUCCUCUAUUACCAGCAGUGCCAUCGGGCAUUGCUCAGGAGAUGGCGAUGAGGUUGUUCUACUUGGGAUUUAUUCUCUGCUUGGAGGUCAUAUCUCCUAACGGUGAAACCGUAGAUCCAAAACCUGAUGUCCCGCCCAAGACGUGCAACCCCAAGCAGUUUGCCUGUAAGGACCAGGUGACCUGUAUCUCCAAAGGUUGGCGCUGUGAUGGGGAGAAGGACUGUCCGGAUGGCUCAGAUGAAUCACCAGAUAUAUGCACACACAGCAGGACGAACCAGUGUCCUGUCAAUGAACAUGGGUGCCUAGACAUGGGCGUUUGCAUCCAUAUGAGCAAACUGUGUGAUGGAGUUCCCGACUGUUCUGAUGGCUGGGAUGAAGGGCCUCACUGCAGAGAACCAGACUGUGCCUCCUACGGGUGCCAGUUUAAAUGUGGAGUGACUCACGAUGGGCCUCGGUGCUACUGUAGACAUGGUUUUGAGGUCGCUGCCGAUGGAAAAAGAUGUAAAGACUUUAAUGAAUGUAAUGUGUACGGGACAUGCAGCCAGACAUGCACAAACACAGAGGGAAGCUUCACCUGCAGCUGCGUGGAGGGCUACCUGCUGCAGCCAGACAACCGAUCUUGCAAAGCCAAAAAUGAGCCAGUGGAACGUCUGCCUGUUCUGCUGAUCGCCAACCUCCAUGACAUUCGAUGCACCUCCCUGAGCGGCUCCACCACUCGCCUACCCUCGAUUCCCACUAAGCAGACGAUGGCCAUGGACUUCAUCUACGCUGAGGAGACCAUUUGCUGGAUAGAUGUCGGAGACACUCCUGCUGCUACUCAGCUAAAGUGCGCCAGCAUCCAGGAUCUGAAGACCGUCAGCAACAUCCGCACCAUCAACAUCACUCUCAGCUUGCACCAUGUGGAGCAGAUGGCCAUAGACUGGCUGACUGGAAACUUUUACUUUGUGGAUGACGUGGACGAUCGGGUGUUUGUUUGCAACAAGAACGGCCAGACUUGUGUGACUCUGCUGGACCAGGACCUGUACAACCCUAAAGGCAUCGCCUUGGACCCGGUCAUGGGUAAACUGUUCUUCACGGACUACGGGUCAACCCCAAGGGUAGAGCGCUGUGACAUGGAUGGACAGAACCGCACCAAGCUGGUGGACAGUAAGAUCGUCUUCCCCCACGGCAUCACCCUAGACCUGGUGAACCGACUGGUGUACUGGGCCGAUGCCUACCUGGACUACAUAGAAGUGGUCGACUAUGAGGGCAAAAACCGACACACCAUCAUGCAGGGUCUGCAGAUUGAGCACCUGUAUGGGCUGACUGUGUUUGAGAACUAUCUAUAUGCCACAAACUCAGAUGAAGGCAAUCUCAACCCAAAGACCAGUGUGAUUCGAGUGAACCGCUUCAACAGCUCCGACUUCCAAGUGGUCACCCGUUUGGAUCGAGGAGCCGCGCUGCACGUCUACCACCAGAGACGCCAACCUCAAGUGCGCAGUCCUGCGUGCGCUCUGGAUCAGUUUGGAAAAGCUGGAGGUUGCUCCGACAUUUGCCUGCUAAGCAAUAACCACAAGACUCGAACCUGCCGUUGCCGCUCCGGAUUCAGUCUCGGCAGUGAUGGGAAGUCCUGCAAGAAGCCGGAUCACGAGUUGUUCCUAGUGUACGGAAAGGGUCGCCCUGGAAUCAUCAGGGGGAUGGACAUGAAUGCCAAGGUGCCUGAUGAGUACAUGAUUCCUAUUGAGAACCUGAUGAACCCCAGAGCUCUGGAUUUCCAUGCUGCCAGUGAGUUCAUCUACUUUGCCGAUGCCACCAGCUACAUCAUUGGUCGGCAGAAGAUCGACGGCACAGAGAGAGACAUCAUUCUAAAGGAGGGCAUUCACACAGUGGAGGGGAUAGCAGUAGAUUGGAUGGGAGGUAAUCUGUACUGGACAGAUGAUGGACCUAAGAAGACUAUUAGUGUCGCCAGGCUGGAGAAAGCUUCACAGACUCGCAAGACUCUCAUUGAGGGGAAGAUGAGCCACCCUCGUGCCAUUGUUGUGGAUCCACAGCAUGGGUGGAUGUACUGGACUGACUGGGAGGAAGAUCCCACAGAGAGCAACAGAGGAAAGAUCAAGAAAGCUUGGAUGGAUGGUUCGCAUCAUCAAGUGUUUUUGACCAGCAAGACGGUGUUGUGGCCCAAUGGCCUGAGCUUGGAUAUUCCUCAGGGUAUCCUGUACUGGGUGGAUGCUUAUUACGACCGCAUCGAGCUGGUUUACCUCAACACCACAGAGCGAAAGGUUGUGUAUGAAGGCCAGACGCUUAACCACGCAUUUGGCUUGUGCCAUUACAAACAAUUUCUGUUCUGGAAUGAGUACCGUGGUGGCAGCAUCUACAAACUAGACCAGGUCACCAAGACCGUCACUUUACUCCGCAAUGAGCGGCCCCCUAUAUUUGAGAUCAGAGUGUAUGAUGCGCAUCAGCAGCAAGGCACUAAUGCGUGCCGAGUAAACAACGGUGGCUGCAGCAGCCUGUGCCUGGCGAUCCCUAACGGCAGGUCAUGUGGCUGUGCGGAUGAACAGAUCCUUGAUGUUGAUAAUGUCACCUGCAAAGCCAACCCCUCCUACGUGCCCCCGCCGCAGUGCCAGCCUGGGGAGUUCGCCUGCAAGAACAACCGCUGCAUCCAAGAGCGCUGGAAAUGCGAUGGGGACAAUGACUGCCUGGACAACAGCGACGAGGCCCCCGACCUCUGCCACCAGCACACCUGCCCAGCUGACCGAUUCAAAUGCAAGAACAACCGCUGCAUCCCCCUGAGAUGGCUCUGCGAUGGGGACAAUGACUGUGGCAAUGACGAGGAUGAAUCCAACACCACCUGCUCUGCUCGUACCUGCCCACCGAACCAGUACCCAUGUGCCAGUGGGCGCUGCAUCCCCAUCUCCUGGACAUGUGACCUGGACGAUGACUGUGGAGAUCGCUCAGAUGAACCAGACUCCUGUGCCUACCCAACCUGCUUCCCGUUAACCCAGUUUACCUGUGCUAAUGGCCGCUGCAUCAAUAUCAACUGGCGCUGUGACAACGACAAUGACUGUGGGGAUAACAGCGAUGAAGCCGGCUGCAGCCAUUCCUGCUCUAGUGUCCAGUUUAAGUGCAACAGUGGGCGCUGCAUCCCAGAAUACUGGACCUGCGAUGGCGACAACGACUGUGGAGACUUUAGCGACGAGACUCAUGCCAACUGUACCAACCGAGUAACCCGUCCUCCCGGCGGCUGCCACGUAGAUGAGUUUCAGUGUCGGAUGGAUGGUCUGUGUAUUCCUAAUCGCUGGCGCUGUGAUGGCGACACAGACUGUAUGGACCUCAGUGACGAGAACAGUUGUGAGGGUGUCACCCACACCUGUGACCCAGCAGUCAAAUUCAGCUGCAGAGACUCUGCUCGCUGUAUCAGCAAGGCCUGGGUGUGUGAUGGCGACAGCGACUGUGAAGACAACUCAGAUGAGGACAACUGUGAGACGUUGGUGUGCAAGUUGUCCCAUCACAUGUGCGCUACUAACGACUCCAUCUGCUUGCCUGCCGAGAAGCUGUGUGACGGCACCGACGAUUGUCCUGAUGCCUCUGAUGAGAAACUUUGUGACUUGUGUUCUGUGCAGAACGGUGGUUGCAGUCACAACUGCAGCAUUAUUCCUGGGGAGGGCUUCAUUUGCUCCUGUCCCCUGGGCAUGGAGCUGGGACCUGACAACAAGACCUGCCAGAUCCAGAGCUUCUGUGCCAAACAUCUUAAAUGCAGUCAGAAAUGCGAACAGGAGAAGUCCAGCAUCAAGUGUUCCUGCUACGAGGGUUGGGAGCUGGAGGCUGACAUGGAAAGCUGCAAAAGCACUGAUCCCUUCAAACCUUUCAUCAUCUUCUCCAAUCGACAUGAGAUCAGGAGGAUCGACCUUCACAAGGGAGAGUUCAGUGUGCUUGUUCCAGGUUUAAGGAACACCAUAGCACUGGACUUCCACCUUAACCAGAGCACCCUUUACUGGACUGAUGUUGUGGAGGACAAGAUCUACCGGGGGAAACUGUCUGACAAUGGAGCCCUGACCAGUUUUGAGGUGGUGAUUCAGUACGGCCUGGCUACUCCAGAGGGACUCGCUGUGGACUGGAUUGCAGGAAACAUUUACUGGGUGGAGAGUAAUCUGGACCAGAUUGAGGUGGCCAAACUGGACGGGACCAUGAGAACCACCCUGCUGGCCGGGGAAGUGGAGCAUCCCCGGGCAAUCGCUCUAGACCCUCGUGACGGAAUUUUGUUUUGGACCGACUGGGAUGCUAGUCAGCCCAGGAUAGAGGCAGCAUCUAUGAGCGGAGAAGGCAGACGUACCAUCCACAGGGAGACGGGCAGUGGUGGCUGGCCCAAUGGGCUCACUGUUGACUACAUGGAGAGACGUAUUGUUUGGAUCGAUGCCAGGUCUGAUGCGAUUUACUCUGCCAAGUAUGAUGGUUCUGGACUGAUCGAGGUGCUACGAGGUCAUGAGUAUCUCUCCCACCCGUUUGCUGUCACCAUGUAUGGAGGAGAGGUCUACUGGACGGACUGGAGGACUAACACACUGGCCAAAGCCAACAAAUGGACAGGACACAACGUCACUGUAGUCCAACGCACUAACACACAGCCGUUUGACCUGCAGGUCUAUCACCCAUCCAGGCAACCACAAGCUCCAAACCCAUGUGCCACCAGCGAUGGGAGAGGACCUUGCUCCCACCUUUGUCUGAUCAACUUUAACCAGACCUAUUCCUGUGCUUGUCCUCAUCUCAUGAAGCUGCAGUCUGACAAGCACACCUGCAAAGAGUCGCGCAAAUUCCUCCUGUAUGCUCGUCAGAUUGAGAUCCGAGGUGUGGACAUCGACAACCCCUACUACAACUACAUCAUCUCCUUCACCGUGCCAGACAUAGACAACGUGACAGUGGUGGACUAUGAUGCAGUGGAGCAUCGCAUCUACUGGUCAGAUGUGCGAACCCAGACCAUCAAAAGAGCGUUCAUUAAUGGCACGGGGGUGGAGACAGUUGUAUCUGCUGACCUGUCUAACGCCCAUGGGCUGGCGGUAGACUGGGUGUCCAGAAACCUCUUCUGGACCAGUUAUGAUGCCAAUAAGAAGCAGAUCAACGUGGCUAGACUGGAUGGAUCUUUCAAGAAUGCAGUUAUCCAGGGAUUAGAUAAGCCCCACUGUCUGGUGGUUCACCCUCUGCUAGGGAAGCUCUACUGGACGGAUGGUGACAACAUCAGCAUGGCUAACAUGGACGGUACCAACCACACCACACUUUUUACCAAUCAGAAAGGCCCAGUGGGGCUGUCUAUUGACUAUGAAAAGGCACAGCUGUACUGGAUCAGCUCAGGAAACGGCACCAUUAGCCGAUGUCAGCUUGAUGGAUCUAAACUGGAGAUCCUGGAGGGUGGUAAAGGCAAACUCACCAAAGCUACAGCACUGGCCAUUAUGGGAGACAAAUUGUGGUGGGCCGACCAGGUAACCGACCAGAUAGGAACCUGCAACAAGAAAGAUGGAGGAAAUUGGAAAGUUAUGCGCAACAACACCUCUCCGAUGAUGCACAUGAGGAUCUAUGAUGAAGAUGUGCAGAAAGCAGGUAUCAACCUGUGCAGCAACAACAAUGGGGACUGCUCACAGUUGUGUCUACCAACCUCUCCAACAACAAGAUCCUGUAUGUGCACAGCUGGAUACAGCCUCAAAACAGGGCAGCAGUCCUGUGAGGGCAUGGGAUCUUUCCUGCUUUACUCUGUCCAUGAGGGUAUUAGAGGAAUACCACUUGACCCGGCGGACAAAUCGGAUGCCCUGGUGCCCGUGUCUGGUACCUCUUUAGCUGUCGGCAUCGACUUCCAUGCUGAGAAUGACACCAUCUACUGGGUGGACAUGGGACUGAGCACCAUCAGCAGAGCAAAGAGAGACCAAACGUGGAGAGAGGAUGUGGUGACCAAUGGGAUUGGCAGGGUGGAGGGCAUUACUGUUGACUGGAUUGCAGGAAAUAUUUACUGGACUGACCAAGGCUUUGAUGUGAUUGAAGUGGCCAGGCUCAAUGGUUCAUUCCGCUAUGUGGUCAUUUCUCAGGGCCUGGACAAACCCAGGGCUAUAACUGUCCACCCAGUGAAAGGAUAUUUGUUCUGGACCGAGUGGGGUCAGUAUCCUCGUAUUGAACGCUCUCGGUUGGACGGCACUCAGAGAUUGGUCAUAGUCAACACGAGCAUCAGCUGGCCAAACGGAAUCUCUAUCGACUAUGAGAACGGUCUGCUCUAUUGGUGCGAUGCUCGAACUGAUAAGAUUGAGCGCAUCAACCUGGAAACUGGACAGAACAGGGAGCUGGUGCUGGCCAAUAACAACAUGGACAUGUUUGCUGUGUCUGUGUUUGAGGAAUACAUCUAUUGGAGUGAUAGGACUCAUGCCAAUGGCUCUAUUAAGAGAGGCAGCAAAGACAAUGCUACAGAUGCUGUGCAGCUUAGAACAGGCAUCGGUGUCCAACUGAAGGACAUUAAAGUUUUCAACAGGGCCAGGCAGCAAGGUACAAAUGUUUGUAAAGAUAAAAAUGGUGGCUGCGAACAGCUGUGUCUGUUCCGUGGAAACGGGCAGCGCACCUGUGCCUGUGCUCAUGGCAUGCUGGCAGAAGACAACCGCAGCUGCCGCGACUAUGACGGAUACCUACUGUACUCGGAGCGUACCAUACUGAAAAGUAUCCAUCUGUCUGAUGAGACGAAUCUCAAUGCGCCAAUAAAACCGUUUGAGGACCCUGAACACAUGAAGAACGUCAUUGCUCUCAGCUUUGAUUACCACGGAGGAGGAGGAAAGGGAUCCAACCGCAUCUUCUUCAGUGACAUUCACUUUGGCAACAUCCAGCAGAUCAAUGACGAUGGCACAGAUCGCAAGAUUGUGGUAGACAAUGUGGGAUCAGUUGAGGGCCUGGCAUACCAUCGAAGCUGGGACACACUCUACUGGACCAGUUACACCACGUCCACCAUCACUCGCCACACUGUGGAUCAGAGCCGCUCUGUGGCGUACAACCGUAACAUUGUAGUCACCAUGUCUGGAGAAGACCACCCCAGAGCGUUUGUGUUGGACGAGUGUCAGGAUCUGAUGUUCUGGACAAACUGGAACGAGCAGGCCCCUAGCAUCAUGAGGGCCUCUCUGAACGGAGCCAACGUUCUUGUCAUCAUCGGCAGUGACAUUAAAACUCCAAACGGCCUGGCCAUAGAUCACCGUGCUGAGAAGCUCUACUUCUCUGAUGCCACGCUGGACAAGAUUGAACGCUGUGAAUAUGACGGGAGCAAUCGUUAUGUCCUGUUGAAGAAUGAGCCCGUCCAUCCGUUUGGCCUGGCCGUAUAUGGAGAUUACAUCUUCUGGACCGACUGGGUAAGGAGGGCCGUCCUCAGGGCUGACAAGUUCACAGGAGGAGACAUGAAAGUGCUGCGAGCCGACAUCCCUCAGCAGCCGAUGGGUAUCAUCGCAGUGGCUAAUGACACCAACAGCUGCGAGUUUUCUCCAUGCCGAGUGAAUAACGGAGGCUGUCAGGACCUGUGUCUGCCCACGUCGAAUGGACGGGUCAACUGCAGCUGCCGUGGAGAAAGAAAACUUCUGGAAGAUAACACUUGCUCUUCGCUGAACAUGACGUGUGGAAGUGUUGAUGAUUUUGAGUGUGGGAACGGUGACUGCAUCAACUACAGCCUCACUUGUGACGGGAUGGCCCACUGCAAGGACAAGUCUGACGAGAAGCAGUCAUAUUGUGCAAAUCGCAUUUGUAAAAAAGGCUAUAGACGCUGCAUGAACGGCCGCUGCAUCGGUCACCAGUUCUGGUGUGAUGGCACAGACGACUGUGGAGACCACUCAGAUGAACUGCCCUGCAAUAUGACUCUGUGCAAAACAGGAGAGUUCCAGUGCAAAGAUGGAAGCUGCAUCUCCAACUUCAGUCGCUGUGACCAGGUGGUCAACUGUGAGGAUGCAAGUGAUGAAAUGAACUGCCAACCAACCGAUUGCUCUCGGUUUUUCCGUCUCGGAGUUAAAGGAGCCUCUUUCCAGAGCUGUGAGAAAACCACUCUGUGUUAUCUGUCCUCGUGGGUGUGUGACGGCAACAAUGACUGUGGAGACUUCUCAGAUGAGAGAAACUGUCCAGAUAAAAUGAAGCUGAAAUGUCCGGUCAACUUCUUCGCUUGUCCCAGCGGUCGUUGUAUUCCUAUGAGCUGGACCUGUGAUAAGGAGAAUGACUGUGAGAACGGAGCCGAUGAAACCCAUUGUGACAAAUUCUGCACAUCAACCCAAUUCGAAUGUGGUAAUCACCGCUGCAUUUCUAACCACUGGGUGUGCGACGGCUCUGACGACUGUGGCGACGGUUCUGACGAAGACCAGAAAUGUGAAAAUAAGACAUGCAGCCCUGAGGUUUUUCAGUGCCCAGGCUCUCAUGUGUGUGUGCCCCAGCGUUGGAAGUGUGAUGGCGAUAAAGACUGUCCUGAUGGUGCUGAUGAGAGCGUUAAAGCUGGCUGCAUGUAUACUAACAAUACGUGCGACGUCAAGAAUGAGUUCAUGUGCCAGAACAGGCAGUGCAUCCCCAAGCACUUUGUCUGUGACCAUGACAUUGACUGCUCUGAUGGGUCAGAUGAAUCCCCAGAAUGUGAAUACCCUCCAUGCGGCCCAGACGAGUUUCGCUGUGCCAACGGUCGCUGCCUCAACCAGAAGAAGUGGGAAUGUGAUGGAGAAUUUGAUUGUCCAGAUCAUUCUGAUGAAGCUCCCAAGAACCCUCGCUGCGUUGACUCUGAGAGGACCUGUAAUGAUUCAGCCUUCAUGUGCCGUAACGGGAAGUGUCUAAACGAGACUCUGCUGUGCGAUCGGAAUGACGACUGCGGCGAUGGAUCUGAUGAGCUCAACUGCUUCAUCAACGAGUGUCUCAGCAGCAAGCUGAGCGGCUGCUCGCAGCUCUGCGACGAUCUUAAGAUCGGCUUCAAAUGCAGGUGCCAUCCUGGUUUUCAGCUGAAGCGUGAUGGGAAGAUGUGUGUAGAUAUAGACGAGUGCACGACCACAUACCCCUGUUCCCAGCACUGCCUGAACACACACGGCAGCUUCCACUGUCUCUGCGUGGAUGGGUUUGAAGUCAGCCCCAACGACCCCACCAUCUGCAAGUCCACAUCAGAAGUGGAGCCCUAUUUGAUCUUUGCAAAUCGGUACUACCUGAGAAAACUCAACCUGGAUGGAUCCAACUACACUCUCAUUAAGCAGGGUCUCAAUAACGCAGUGGCGCUGGACUUCCACUACGCAGAGCAGAUGAUCUACUGGACUGAUGUUACCACUCAGGGCAGCAUGAUCCGCCGCAUGCACAUGAACGGCAGCAGCAUGGAGGUUUUGCAUCGGACCUCCCUGAGUAACCCGGAUGGUUUGGCGGUAGACUGGGUUGGUGGGAACUUGUACUGGUGUGACAAAGGCCGGGACACAAUCGAGGUUUCAAAACUCAACGGAGCCUACAGGACCGUGCUGGUCAACAGCGGCCUCAGGGAGCCACGCGCCGUGGCUGUGGAUGUACGCUACGGAUACCUGUACUGGUCUGACUGGGGGGACAACCCUCACAUUGGGAGAAUCGGGAUGGACGGCACCAGCAGGAAGGUUAUUAUCCAGGACAAGAUCACCUGGCCCAACGGACUAACUCUGGACUUCAUCAAUGAUCGUAUCUACUGGGCCGAUGCCAGAGAGGACUACAUCGAGUUUGCCAGCCUGGAUGGCUCCAGCAGGCACACGGUUCUCAGCAGCGACAUCCCUCACAUCUUUGCCAUGACCCUGUUUGAGGAGUACAUCUACUGGACUGACUGGGAGACAAAGUCCAUCAACAGAGCUCACAAGACUCUGGGCACCAAUAAGACCACCCUGAUCAACACCCUGCAUCGACCCAUGGACAUCCACAUUUACCAUCCCUACCGACAGCCACCGGUGCUCAACCACCCGUGUCAGACGAACAACGGUGGCUGCAGCAACCUCUGCCUCCUCUCACCUGAUGGAGGCUACAAGUGUGCCUGUCCCACCAACUUCUAUCUGGCUAAUGAUCAGCGAACCUGCAUGUCCAACUGCACAGCCAGCCAGUUUGUCUGCAAGAACGAUAAGUGCAUUCCCUUCUGGUGGAAAUGCGACACAGAGGAUGACUGUGGCGACCGGUCAGACGAGCCAGCAGAGUGUCCGGACUUCAAGUGCAGGCCGGGACAGUUUCAGUGUGGAACGGGCAUCUGCACCAACCCGGCCUACAUCUGUGACGGAGACGACGACUGCCAGGACAACUCAGACGAGGCCAACUGUGAUAUCCACGUCUGCCUGCCAAGCCAGUUCAAAUGUUCCCACCCGAGCCGCUGCAUCCCUGGCAUCUUCCGCUGCAACGGCCAGGACAACUGUGGAGACGGGGAGGAUGAGAAGGACUGCCCGGAGGUUACGUGCACUCCCACCCAGUUCCAGUGUGCCAUCACCAAACGCUGCAUACCUCGUCUCUGGGUGUGCGACCGGGACAACGACUGUGUGGAUGGAUCCGAUGAACCUGCCAACUGCACCCAGAUGACCUGUGGCGUGGAUGAGUUCAGAUGCAAAGACUCGGGGCGCUGCAUCCCAGCUCGCUGGAAAUGUGACGGAGAGGAUGAUUGCAGCGAUUCUUCAGAUGAGCCAAAAGAGGAGUGUGCUGAGAGGACGUGUGAACCGUACCAGUUCAGGUGUAAGAAUAACCGCUGUGUGCCGGGCCGAUGGCAGUGUGACUAUGACAACGACUGCGGGGACAACUCGGAUGAAGAAAAAUGCCUGCCUCGCCAGUGUUCGGAAAGCGAGUUUGCCUGCACGAAUGGCCGCUGCAUUGCCGGGAGGUGGAAGUGCGAUGGAGAUCACGACUGUGCUGAUGGAUCUGAUGAGCAUGGCUGUGAUCUGAAGUGUGACAACGACCAGUUCCAGUGCAAGAGCGGACACUGUAUCCCGAUCCGCUGGCGCUGUGACGCCGACGUCGACUGCCUCGACGGCAGCGAUGAGCAGAACUGCAGCAGUGCCGCUCCACGCUACUGCCCUCAAAAUAAGUUCCAGUGCAACAACACUAUGUGCAAACCGCAUGCCUGGAAAUGUGAUGGAGAAGAUGACUGUGGGGACAACUCUGAUGAGAAACCAGAAGAUUGCAGAACGUUUCAGUGUCCGCCCACCAGAGUGUUCCGCUGCAGGAACGACAGAGUGUGUCUGCAUAUGUCAAAGAGGUGUGAUGGCGUCAGUAACUGUGGAGACAACUCGGAUGAACUGAACUGUGAGAGCCACCGUGCUGCCCCCACGUGUGAGAAGGACGAGUUCUUGUGCUCCAACGGCAGAUGCAUCAGCUCCAACCUGCGCUGCAACUUCUUUAAUGACUGUGAAGACUUUGGGUCUGAUGAGAUCAACUGCAAGACAGACACCAAGCUGAAUGACUGUCGCAGUAACAGUACUCAGUGCGGGGAUGGAGACGAGGCCCACUGUGUCACCAACGGCACGGACUCUUUCUGCUCCUGCAAACCGGGCUUCCACAAGACGGGACACCACACAUGCGGAGAUAAAAAUGAGUGUCUACAGUUUGGAGUGUGUUCCCAGAUCUGCAACAACACCAAAGGCUCGUACAAAUGCAGCUGCUACAAGUACUACACCAGGAUUAAUGACACCUGCAAGGCUGACAGCAUGAACAGCAGCCGACAGAUCCUCUACAUAGCCGAUGACAAUGAAAUCCGGAGCCUGGAUCCUGGAAUGCCAAACUGGCGCUAUGAGCAGAUCUACCAGGGAGACGCCAGCGUCAGAAUCGAUGCCAUGGAUGUGCACGUCAAGACAAACCGCAUCUUCUGGACCAACUGGCACACUGGCCGCAUCUCUUCCCACGAGCUCCCUGGGUCAUCUGCGUCCGCAUCUUCCUCCAACUCCCCCCAGAACCGCCGCCAGACCGAGGGUGGGAUCACCGACCUGCAGAUCAAAGAGCUGAAGAUGCCUCGAGGUAUAGCUGUGGACUGGGUGGCAGGGAACCUGUACUGGACCGACUCUGGUCGGGAUGUCAUCGAGGUGGCUCAGAUAUCGGGCAAGCACUGUAAAACCCUCAUUUCUGGCAUGAUAGAUGAGCCAUAUGCUAUUGUAGUGGACCCACAACGAAGUACAAUGUACUGGGCAGACUGGGGAAAUCACCCUAAAAUUGAGACAGCUGCCAUGGACGGCACCCUGAGACAAACUCUAGUCCAUGAAAACAUCCAGUGGCCGACAGGUCUGGCUGUGGAUUACUUCAACGAGCGUCUUUACUGGGCUGAUGCCAAACUUUCCGUCAUCGGCAGCGUUCGUUUGGAUGGUUCUGAUCCAAUCAUAGCUGUCUCUGGCAUCAAAAACAAUCUGUUCCAUCCCUUCAGCAUAGAUAUCUUUGAGGACUACAUAUAUGGAGUCACUUACAUGAACAACUUUGUCUUCCGGGUCAACAAGUUUGGGAAAGGCUCCAUGGAGAAUCUCACCACAGGCAUCAACCAUGCCACCGACAUCGUUUUGUACCACCGUUACAAGCAGCCAGACAUACCUAACCCAUGUGACAAGAAGAAGUGCGAGUGGCUGUGCCUGCUGAGCCCCAGUGGGCCGGUUUGCACCUGCCCCAACAACUACAUCGCCAACAACGGGACGUGUGUGGAGAGGACCAGCCCCACUCAGUCACCCUUCUCUCCGCCCUCCGGACCCUGCAACAUACAGUGUCAGAACGGAGGAAGCUGCUUCCUCAACGCCCGGCAGGUUCCCAAGUGUCACUGCCAGCCCAGCUACUCUGGAGAACGGUGUGAGGUCAACCAGUGCAGGGACUACUGCAAGAACGGAGGCACCUGUUCUGCUUCCCACACGGGAGCACCAACUUGCAGAUGCCCUAAAGGGUUCACUGGACCCUACUGUAACCUCUACACCUGUCAGGAUUAUUGCCUGAAUAGUGGAAACUGUUCAGUCAACAUGGGCAACCAGCCAACCUGCAGCUGCCUGCCAGCCUACCAGGGAGACCAGUGCCAGUACAGUAAAUGUGAGGGAUUCUGUCAAAACGGUGGAACCUGCCUACAGACGUCCAGCGGGGCCAGAAUCUGCCGAUGCUCCUCACAGCACACCGGACACCAGUGUGAGCUGGACAAGUGCCAGUUCUGCGGAGUGGGCAAGUGUUUGACGUUGUCCUCUGGGGAAGUAGCCUGCAGCUGUCCGAACGGUCAGACUCAGCCCAGCUGCUUCACGUGUUUGGACUACUGCUCACACGGACAGUGUUCAGUCGACAGUCGCUCGCUGCUGCCUCAGUGCAGGUGUGCGCCUGGAUGGACUGGGUACAGAUGCGACAUAGCAGCUAGUUCGGCAGAGUCUCCUGAUUCUAGUGGCAGUACGGCUUCCAUCGUCAUCCCGGUUCUCCUGCUACUGCUGCUUGCCCUUCUGAUCGUCUGCGCCAUCCUGUGGUACAAGCGGAGAAUGCGCGGAGCAAAGGGCUUUCAGCACCACCGAAUGACAAAUGGAGCCAUGAACGUGGAGAUUGGAAACCCAGCCUAUAAAAUCUACGAAGGAGACCCCGAUGACGACGCCGGGGAGCUGCUAGAUUCAGACUUUACUUUGGAUCCAGAUAAGCCCACUAACUUCACCAACCCCGUGUACGCCACCCUGUACAUGGGCGCCCACAACAGCUGCAACUCUCUGGCCAGCACAGACGAAAAGAAGGAGCUUCUGUCCCAGGGCGACGAGGACAUGAGCGACCCGCUGGCAUGAAGCGCGACUCAGAACUGAACUCUGCCAGCGUCGACCUGCCUUGCCUGAACCUAGUGCUGAGCCGACAAGCUCUCAUCUUAUGCCUUUUAUCAAUUGAAAAGAAAUAGCAACAAAGAAAGAAAAGAAAAAGCAAGAACACUGUAUAAAAUGUACAAAAACAAUGGACUACUUUUUUAAGUGAUUGCAGUAUUAUAUUUUGAUCUUUGACAAAAAAAUAAAAUCUGGUGAGGGAAAAACAAAACAUUUUAUAAACUUUUAUCAGUUUUUUCAUUUCUGCUCACAACUCUCCCUACUCUCUCUCUCUUUCUCGUGCAUAUUAGCCACUACCUCUGUUUAGAUGUAAAGGAUUAGAGAGAAGCAAAUGGUUAUGGAACAGUCUGAACUUUUUAUUUUUGUAUGAACUGUAUAGGGGACAACAGAGUACCGUUCCAUCCUAGAAAAUGUUGCUGAGUCUUUUGUUAGAAGAGUUGUGUCGGUGCGCUCUAUGAAUGCUUCCACUUUGGGUGUGCAUGUGUGUGUUUGCUGCUGGAGGUAUAAAAAGACACGAAGACCAAGGAUUGCCAUGAUGUUCGACUACACACACACACACACACACACACACACACACACACACACACACACACACACACACACACACACACACACACACACACACACACACACACACACACACACACACACACAGAGGACUCAACAUUAAAGUGAUUGUCUUUCUCCUGCUUGCACAGACUAAAGUUAUAUGAAUAUAUAUAAAAUUCUAUAUUUCCACAUAUAUGAACUUAUAAACAAGUGUCUUGAGAAUAUACCCAGGAGUACAAAUGGUAACAAAUAGCAGUCUGACCUUUUUACACUUUUCUUUUUGAAGUCAUUGUGUAAUUGACGUUGUCCGUGUCAGCGAUGAAUGCCAGUGUGAGUUGAUGAAGAUGAUUGUAAUUAAGUUCACAUUCCAGGAUGGGAAGACUGGGAUGGAUGUCCGUGGCCUUGGUGGAGCUGACUGCGGGACUUUGAACAGGAGCUGUGACGCUCCGCCAGAAUAUUUGUUGUUUCUUUUUUGGAGGGAAGUCUGUGAAGUCACUGAGGAGAAACUUUUGAUUAUCAACUAGCAGAGGGUGGCUGAAAUUUAGCAUUUUGAUUGUAGAUGUGCUUUCAGAACACGCCAGGGAGACUGAUUGAUGGUACGAACUUCUGUGGGAGAUAUUUUUUUAAAUAUAUGUACUUUACUCGCCAAGUUCAUUCCCAGUAAGGAGACGGAUCAGCAUCCAGAUUUGUACUUUAUGUAAUUCCUUUGCUUUGUUGCUAACCAUUUGUCAUCCUGUUGUUUUUUAACCUCAGCAGUGUUGCUUUUAAGUAUUUCACAGCUCACCAAGCUGCUUUUAACAAAGCUCAUACCUGCCAUAAACGCUCUGCAUGGUGCUCACACAAAACUUGGAGGAAAGUCUGAUUUUAUCCUUCCUUUUUUUAGCAGUAUUCUUUUAUUUUUAACAUUAGGUUCUGUUAAAGUGACUAUGUAAAUUAGAGCAAUCACGUUUCAGUUGGGCGAUUCCUGUUGGUGGCACAAACCCACACAUUUGUGGUUCUGAUUGUUUUUAUUAUUUUUUUGACAUAAAUAAAUUAAAUGAAUUUUUACAGUAGAAA